AUGAUGUGCGAGGUGAUGCCCACCAUCAGCGAGGAUGGCCGGCGGGGCUCGGCGCUGGGCCCGGACGAGGCGGGCGGCGAGCUGGAGCGCCUCAUGGUCACGAUGCUCACGGAGCGGGAGCGCCUGCUGGAGACGCUGCGCGAGGCGCAGGACGGCCUGGCCACGGCGCAGCUGCGGCUGCGCGAGCUCGGCCACGAGAAGGACUCGCUGCAGCGACAGCUCAGCAUCGCCCUGCCCCAGGAGUUUGCGGCUCUGACUAAGGAGCUGAACUUAUGUCGGGAGCAGCUGCUGGAGAGAGAGGAAGAGAUUGCAGAGCUGAAGGCCGAGCGCAACAACACGCGGCUUCUCCUGGAACACUUGGAGUGCCUGGUGUCCAGGCACGAGAGGUCACUGCGCAUGACUGUGGUGAAGCGCCAGGCCCAGUCACCAGGAGGGGUCUCCUCCGAGGUGGAGGUGCUUAAGGCUCUAAAAUCCCUCUUCGAGCAUCACAAGGCCCUAGAUGAAAAGGUCCGAGAAAGAUUGCGGAUGGCUUUGGAGCGAGUGGCCGUGCUAGAGGAGGAGCUGGAACUGAGCAAUCAGGAGACUCUGAAUCUUCGAGACCAGUUGUCUAGACGGCGGUCAGGGCUGGAAGAGCCUGGCAAAGAUGGGGAUGGACAGACCCUUGCUAAUGGCCUGGGUCCUGGUGGGGAUUCUAGCCGGCGCACGGCAGAAUUGGAGGAGGCCCUGGAGCGACAGCGUGCCGAGGUGUGCCAGCUGCGGGAGCGCCUGGCGGUGUUGUGCCGUCAGAUGAGCCAGCUGGAGGAGGAGCUGGGCACCGCUCACCGCGAGCUGGGUAAGGCGGAGGAAGCCAAGUCCAAGCUGCAGCGGGACCUCAAGGAGGCUCUGGCUCAGAGGGAGGAUAUGGAGGAGCGGAUCACCACGCUGGAGAAGCGCUACCUGAGCGCCCAGCGCGAAGCUACGUCUCUGCACGAUGCCAAUGACAAGCUGGAGAAUGAAUUGGCCAGCAAAGACUCGUUGUAUCGGCAGAGUGAAGAGAAGAGCCGUCAGCUGGCCGAGUGGCUGGACGAUGCCAAGCAGAAGCUGCAGCAGACACUGCAGAAGGCCGAGACCUUGCCCGAGAUCGAGGCGCAGCUGGCCCAGAGGGUGGCAGCGCUGAACAAAGCUGAGGAGCGGCACGGAAAUUUUGAAGAGCGGCUUCGGCAGCUGGAGGCCCAGUUGGAGGAGAAGAACCAGGAGCUGCAGCGGGCACGGCAGCGGGAGAAGAUGAACGAUGAUCACAACAAGCGGCUGUCGGAAACGGUGGACAAGCUGCUGAGCGAGUCUAAUGAGCGCCUACAGCUGCACCUCAAAGAGCGCAUGGGGGCUCUGGAGGAGAAGAACUCAUUGAGUGAGGAGAUCGCCAACAUGAAGAAGUUACAAGAUGAGCUGUUGCUUAACAAGGAGCAACUCUUGGCUGAAAUGGAGAGGAUGCAGAUGGAAAUUGACCAGCUUCGGGGAAGGCCGCCAUCCUCUUACUCUAGGUCUCUUCCUGGCAGUGCCCUGGAACUCCGUUACUCCCAGGCUCCCACGUUACCUUCUGGUGCCCCCCUUGACCCUUAUGGGGCCGGCAGUGGCCGGGCAAGCAAGAGAAGCCGCUGGUCAGGAGUAAAGGAUGAACCCUCCAAGGAUUGGGAGCGGUCUACCCCUGCAGGAUCCAUGCCGCCCCCAUUCCCCGGGGAGCUGGAUGGCUCCGAUGAGGAGGAGGCAGAGGGGAUGUUUGGGGCCGAGCUGCUGUCCCCCAGUGGGCAGGCUGACGUGCAGACCCUGGCCAUCAUGCUUCAGGAGCAGCUGGAGGCCAUCAACAAGGAGAUCAAGCUAAUCCAAGAGGAGAAAGAGACAACAGAACAGAGGGCUGAAGAGCUGGAAAGCCGAGUGUCCAGCUCUGGCCUUGAUUCCCUGAGCCGAUACCGAAGCAGCUGCUCUCUGCCCCCAUCCCUCACCACCUCCACCCUUGCCAGCCCGUCUCCUCCCAGCUCAGGCCAUUCAACACCUCGCCUGGCACCACCAAGCCCUGCCCGUGAGGGCACCGACAAGGCCAAUCAUAUCCCCAAAGAGGAAGCUGGGGCUCCACGAGGGGAGGGGCCAGCUAUCCCAGGAGACACGCCACCCCCCACUCCCCGCUCGGCCCGUCUUGAAAGAAUGACCCAAGCCUUAGCACUGCAGGCGGGGUCCCUGGAAGAUGGGGGACCUUCCCGGGGAAGUGAGGGUACCCCAGAUUCCCUGCACAAAGCCCCCAAGAAAAAGAGCAUCAAGUCAUCCAUAGGCCGGCUGUUUGGCAAGAAAGAGAAAGGGCGAAUGGGACCCCCAGGCCGGGACAGCUCUUCUCUGGGUAAGCAUGAACUUCUGGAAGAAGCUUGUCGCCAGGGACUGCCAUUUGCUGCCUGGGACGGACCGACUGUGGUCUCCUGGCUGGAGCUCUGGGUAGGCAUGCCCGCAUGGUAUGUGGCUGCCUGCCGUGCCAAUGUCAAGAGCGGUGCUAUCAUGGCCAACUUGUCAGACACAGAGAUCCAGCGUGAGAUUGGCAUCAGCAACCCCCUGCACCGGCUCAAACUGCGCCUCGCCAUCCAGGAGAUGGUCUCCCUCACUUCCCCCUCGGCGCCUGCCUCCUCUCGCACGCCCACAGGAAACGUAUGGAUGACCCACGAGGAGAUGGAAUCCCUUACAGCAGCCACGAAGCCCGAGACCAAGGAGAUCAGCUGGGAGCAGAUCCUUGCAUAUGGCGACAUGAACCACGAGUGGGUGGGGAACGACUGGCUGCCCAGCCUGGGGCUGCCCCAGUACCGCAGUUAUUUCAUGGAGUCACUUGUGGACGCCCGAAUGUUAGAUCACCUCAACAAGAAGGAGCUCCGGGGCCAACUCAAAAUGGUGGACAGCUUCCACAGGGUGAGUCUGCAUUAUGGAAUCAUGUGCCUGAAACGACUCAACUAUGACCGGAAGGACCUAGAGCGGAGGCGGGAAGAGAGCCAGACCCAGAUCCGAGAUGUGAUGGUGUGGUCCAACGAGCGGGUCAUGGGCUGGGUGUCAGGGCUGGGCCUGAAGGAAUUCGCCACGAACCUCACCGAGAGCGGGGUACACGGGGCGUUGCUUGCCCUGGACGAGACCUUCGACUACUCGGACCUGGCCUUGCUCCUGCAGAUCCCCACGCAGAACGCGCAGGCUCGACAGCUCCUGGAGAAGGAAUUCAGCAACCUCAUCUCCUUAGGCACUGACAGAAGGCUGGACGAGGACAGCGCCAAGUCCUUCAGCCGCUCCCCGUCCUGGCGGAAGAUGUUCCGAGAGAAGGACCUCCGGGGUGUGACCCCCGAUUCGGCUGAGAUGUUGCCCCCCAACUUUCGUUCGGCGGCAGCAGGAGCCCUGGGAUCGCCGGGGCUUCCUCUCCGAAAGCUGCAGCCGGAAGGCCAGACUUCUGGAAGUUCCCGGGCAGAUGGCGUUUCGGUCCGGACUUAUUCCUGCUAGUGUAGGCCUCCAGGUGACCGCACUCGGAUGGAAGACUGGGCCAUCCCCCCUCCUACCCAGAGAAUGGUCUCGCCCAGGGAGAAGAGUCCUGGAGCCGGUGCCGCGGACCGGAUCAUCUGUACAGACAAGCGGGGGAGUGCGUGUCCCCCGCCGCACAAAUGGACUGGGCCUGGACCAAACCAUAUGAACUGGACUGAGGGAGGGAAAGAAGAGGGCAGGCAGCGAUUCCGCCCCCAAACUUCCGCCUCUCUUUUCUCUACUUUGUAAUUUAUUGAUCAGUUUCCGAUAGGAGACCGGUGCCCUUCACCUGCGGAAAGGGGCGGGGCUUCCCUCCCGGGCCGCAUGCGGGGAGAGGCUGCCCCCUUCCCCUCUUUCCUGACCAGUCGCGGGGCCCAAGUUUUCCUUCUUCUUCGUCCGAAAGGAGGGGAGGGGGGGACUCGCUGCUACAAGCCUCGCCCCCUGUGCCACUUAGCCCCGCCCCACCCCGCCCUGUGAGGUCCCCAGUCCCGGGGGGGGGUUCAUCUGCGGGCUGGCGGGGUCCCUUCCCCCCCCGUGUCUCGUGUCCCCGGGGCCUCCCCGCCCCCCCGUGCUGUGGCCGUGUCCGUGCCCCAGGGGUAGGGGGUGCAAAGUGCGCCCCCCGGUUUCCCUCCGGCUCCGGGGUUUGCAUGGGAGAAUCCUCUUUCCAAGAUGCCACUGGGCGACAUGGCAUGGGGUGGAGGGCGGUCGGCGGGGAGCCCUCGCCCCCCCACCCCCGACUCUUAGUCGGCCCCCCAGGCCCCAGGCGUCAA